AUGGGCUCGCCCUCACGACCACCAAGCGUGCGCAAACGUCAAAGCAUGCAAAUCAUGGAUCUGCAGACCCAACUCGACCAAUUAGCCGCGCAAAACCAAGCUGUCGAGGAUGCUAAGGCCAAGGCUGAAGAGGCCUUACAGGCUGCGCAAAGUCAGCGACAGAUUGACGAACAGCUUGUAGCCGAGGAAGUGGAAGCACGUGACCGCCAGAUUCACCAAAGGGAUAUUGACAUCGCGCAACUCAAGGAUACACUUCAGCGGCUACAAGAAGAGAUUGCACGCCUGAAUCAACUCAACAAUGCACUAACAGAUGCCAAUCGCAACCUGACUAACGAUGCGAAUGAACGGUAUGGGCAACUUCAGUCCGAGGGACAAAUGGUGCAUGAGCAAUGGCAAUCAUCGCAGCGAGAGCUGGAGAGCCUUCGCAGUCAGUACGCACAACUUCAGUCAGAAGGCCAGGCCAUGCAACAACAAUGGCAAACAUCGCAACGAGAUUUGGAAGAACUUCGCCGCCAGCAUACCCAGAUGCAGCGAGGUUUGGCAGAUGCCGUUCGUGACGAAGUUGGCGAAGCACUGGAUGAACGCAACGCCGAGAUUGACCGCUUAACUGGAGAACUCGCAACCGCGCGCGAACAGAUCAAGAACCUCCAGAAGCAGAUCCUAGCUUCCAAGAAGCCAAGCGAAAGCUUCCUCACUGUCCGCGAUGAGGACUACUUUGACAGCGCCUGCCAACAACUCUGUCAACAUGUCCAGCAAUGGGUACUCCGAUUCUCCAAGUUCUCGGAUACUCGUGCGUGUCGCCUUUCGUCCGAGAUCGCAGCCGAUACUCGACUGGACGCUUCAACGCGCCAAAAGAUUGACACUAGGCUGGACAAUGCCAUUCUCGAUGGCUCAGAUGUCGACGCACUUCUGGCGGACCGCGUCAGGCGUCGAGAUGUCUUCAUGUCAGUGGUCAUGACUAUGAUUUGGGAGUACGUCUUUACUAGGUACCUUUUCGGUAUGGACAGGGAACAGCGCCAGAAACUCAAGGCGUUGGAGAAGACGUUGUCGGAAGUCGGCCCACCUCGCGCCGUGGCACAAUGGCGAGCUAUCACACUUACCCUUCUUGCAAGGAGAGAGCCUUUCAUGCAGCAGCGCGCCCAAGACACAGAAGCCGUGGUACACGAAAUCUACAGCACGCUUUCGACACUGCUUCCGCCACCAUCGCAUCUGCAGAAGCAGAUUCAGGAAUCACUGCGCAACGUCAUGCGCUUGGCAGUCGAACUAUCAAUCGAAAUGCGGACCCAACGCGCGGAAUACAUCAUGCUGCCGCCGCUACAGCCUGAGUACGAUACCAAGGGCGACCUUGUGGCCAAGGUCACAUUCAACGCCUCUCUCAUGAACGAACGGUCAGGCGAAACAACGUCCAACGACGAGCUCGAAGCCCGUGGUGCAGUAGUCAAGGUCGUACUAUUCCCACUAGUUGUCAAGAAGGGCGACGAUUUCGGCGAGGGCGAGGACGAGAUUGUGGUUUGUCCAGCGCAAGUGCUAGUGACAGGAACUAGGAGUAAAAAGGUAGUCAGGGUCAUGAGUGGAGCCAUGUCGAUCAAUCGUCCCGACUCACGAUCAAGUCGCAUCAGCCGGGUAACGAGCGUCGCGCCUCCUGAGAGUACCAUCAUGGACUACGAGCAAGGUGGAAAGAACAUGUUCUAG